CAGUAUCGGGUAACGAUGAGUGAUCGUGGAGAGGUCGAUAUGUCGCGUGUGCCAGUUUUAGCUAUUUUGGGUUCCACUGGGUGCGGAAAAUCACGUUUGUCCAUCGAACUGGCACGCAGAUAUGCCGGAGAAAUUAUCUCUGCCGACAGUAUGCAGGUGUACAAAGGUCUCGACAUCGUCACAGCAAAAGUCACCAAAGAAGAGAAAGAAAUGGCUCCGCAUCACAUGUUGGAUAUCGUAGAUCCCCUGAUUCUUAAUUUUUCCGUACUGCAGUUCAGGGACAUGGCCCUACCCAUUAUCGACGAUUUACUGGCCAGGAAAAAGCUCCCGAUCGUUGUCGGUGGCACCACUUAUUACAUCGAGUCUCUCCUCUGGCACGUUUUGAUCGCCGAUCCGAAACCAGCUGUGCCUCGAUCCGAUAACUUAUGCACGAAAGAGACGUCCCAGGUCGAAGACGAACAGAACAUCUCCUCCUCGAAGAAGAUGAAAUUCGAAAUGGAUCGAUCGACGAUGGAGAGCAACGAGGAGCUUUUCAGGAAGCUGUCCGAAGUCGAUCCGGAAAUGGCUAGGAGGCUUCAUCCGAACAACAAGAGAAAGAUUAUCCGGUCUCUGGAAGUGUUCGGGCAACACGGUGUCAAGCAUUCGGAACUCCUGAAAGACCAAAGGACAGCCGGUGGUUCCGGAUUAGGCGGCCCUCUGAGACACCCGAACUCCAUUAUACUGUGGCUAUGUUGCGAUCAGAAAGUCCUCGAAGAGCGGCUGGAGAGCAGGGUCGAUGCCAUGUUGGAGACCGGUCUGGUGCAGGAACUGCUUGACUUUCAUCGGAGAUACAACGAGCAGCGGAUUCAGUCCAACACGCCACCCGAUUACACGAAAGGCAUCUUUCAGACCAUCGGCUUCAAGGAGUUUCACGCUUACCUCGUGCUGCCCGAGGAGGAGAAGCAAGAGAAAAAGGGCCAGAAAUUACUCCAACAAGGCAUCGACGACUUGAAACUCGUCACGAAGAGAUACGCGAAGAAACAACGAAAAUGGAUCAUGAAUCGUAUGAUUCGACGCAACGAUAGACAGGUGCCACCGAUGUAUACGUUGGACUGUACCAAAUUGGAUGAAUGGAAUAGCUGCGUGUACGAACCAGCCGUGAAAAUAAUAGACGCCAUAUUGAGAGGCGAAAAACCAUCACAGAUACCGAUCAACGAGGAGUCUGUCAACUCCAAAAAAGUUAGCGACGCCAGCAACGAAGAAAGUCAUUAUUGCGACAUCUGCGAUAGGACUUUCAUUGGAGUUCAGUGGGACAUACAUUUGACAAGUAUAAAGCAUAUGAAAGUUCUAAAGAGAAAAAAGAGAUUAGAGCAACAAAAAAUGACGCAGAACUAACGGAGACUGGUAUAACCAUCGAUCUCUUUGAUUAUAUUAUAUAAAAUACGUCUAACAAUCAUUAUUUUUUGUGCAUAUAUUUUACUAUAUAUUAGAAACAUUGUACAUAUUUGGUAUUUUAAAUACAUAUCGUUCUCC